AUGAACACCAUCUCCCCGCCCCCGCAAAUAAAACGGCUCUCAGGCCCCAAGCGCGUUCUCGGUAUCCUCGUCGGCAUCACAGGCGGCUUGGGCGCAAACGCCCUGCUAGCAUACAGCGUAUCCUCCUUCUACACCCGCAACACCAAAUUCGUGCCCUUUGACACAUCCGCCCCGGACCUCACGACCAAGACAUUCCGCAACCACAAUCCCCUUAACAACCCGCCGGCCUGCAUAGACCACGCCAUCAAGCAAGUCCCCUACGGAAAGUUGCCGGAGAAGUACUGGGUAAAGGGCAGUGGGGGACGCAUAUCCGUGGACCAGAAGGCGCUGGUGACGGAUUUCUGCAGGGGCAUCUGGAGUGGAGUCGCAUUUCGCGUCCAGAGGCGGUUCCUGGAGAGAAAGUAUCGCGCGCUUGAGGGCAGGCAGGAUCAUCUCUGGGACGUCAAGGAUUUGGAGAAGAGUACUUAUCCCAUCGGAACCAAGAUUGUGGAUCAUUUCGAGGUUGUGGAGCAUUCAGAUGACAAGGUUAUUGUACGAUGUGGUGAUUCACCGCUGAACCAGAAUCAGCGACCCUCGGACGGUCUGUUCUCCAUGGAAGUGUCAAAGGACGACGAAGCUCAGAUGGCAACUUUCCACCUCAAGUCUGUUUUCGUAGAUACAUCGCCAGAGGGUAAGGGCACCCAGCCUCAGCCGGCGCCCCUUCAGGCUGCGCAUCGCUGGUAUACGAAGCUGUGGAUGGAGAGCGCAACACGCAAGUUGAUCAAGGAAGCGUGA